AUGUCCCAACUAAGUAUUAGUACUGGAAAGAGAGGGAGGAGUGUUGCAAGCUCUUCUGCUUCUACUGUAUCGUCUCUGAGCAGCUCAACUGACCUAGCAAGCCUCUUCGAGUGUCCAGUUUGCUUUGAUUAUGUUCUUCCACCGAUCUUACAGUGCCAGAGUGGACACCUUGUUUGUAGUAAUUGCAGACCAAAGCUUAAUUGCUGUCCUACAUGUAGAGGUCCAUUAGGUAAUAUCCGAAAUCUAGCAAUGGAAAAAGUGGCGGGUAACGUAAUGUUUCCUUGCAAAUAUUCCACAAGUGGAUGCACAGUCUCACUCGUACAUACUGAAAAGGCAGAUCAUGAAGACGCAUGUGAAUUCCGUCCAUACAGUUGUCCUUGUCCAGGUGCUUCUUGUAAAUGGCAAGGAUCUCUUGAGCAAGUAAUGCCACAUCUUGUUAUGAGUCACAAAAGUAUUACAACCCUUCAAGGGGAAGACAUUGUUUUUUUAGCAACAGAUAUUAAUCUCCCAGGUGCAGUGGAUUGGGUAAUGAUGCAGUCCUGUUUCGGACAUCAUUUUAUGCUAGUGCUUGAAAAACAAGAAAAAUACGAUGGACAUCAACAAUUUUUUGCAAUUGUUCAACUGAUUGGUUCGAGAAAACAAGCAGAAAAUUUUGCUUACAGACUGGAAUUGAAUGGGCAUAAAAGACGCUUAACAUGGGAAGCCAUGCCGCGUUCUAUUCACGAAGGUGUUUCAUCCGCUAUUUUAAAUUCAGACUGCCUUGUAUUUGACACUUCGAUCGCGCAAUUAUUUGCCGAUAAUGGAAAUCUAGGAAUUAAUGUUACAAUUUCUAUGGCAUGA